AUGGGUCUCUCUAUGGCACACAAGCUACUCUUAGUCUUUGUGGUUACUGCAUGCGUCUUCUCCGAGACUGCUGAUGCAUGGAGCUGGAGUUGGGGCUCUGGCCAGUCCGGUUCGGGCUGGGGCUGGGGCUCCGACAACUCUGGCGGUUCUUCUGGCUCAGGUUCAGGCUCGAACUCGGGUGGUUCUAGCUUUGGUUGGGGUUGGAGCUCGAACGGAACAGAUACACACUGGGGUUGGGGAAGUAGCUCUGGCUCAAACCACUCUAGCGGCACUGGCUCUACACACAACAACCACACGGCUCCAUCAAACCACUCGAGUGGCACAGGGUCUACACACAACAACCACACGGCUCCAUCAAACCACUCAGGUUGCACUGGUUCUACACACAACAACCACACAGCUCCAUCAAACCACUCAAGCAGUACUGGCUCUACACACAACCACACGGCCCCAUCAAACCACUCGUGUGGUACUGGCUCUACACACAACAACCACACGGCCCCAUCAAACCACUCAAGCUGCACUGGUUCUACACAUAACAUCCACCACAAUCACACGACUCCAUCGAACCACUCAAGUAGCACUGGCUCUACAAGCAACAACAGCCAUCACAACCACACGCAUGCUCCUUUCUACAUCAAUGAUGUUCUUGUUUUCAAGUACAACAAUGAUCAAACGCAAUCCAAGAAGCAUAACAACAACAACGAUGUCUACUUGCUCCAAGACUUGAAGAGUUACAAGAGAUGCGAUGUGACCAGAGGAAAGAAGCUAGAAGCAAGAGGACACUCAUCAUCAUCAUCAGGAAGCUUCAAGUUGCUUCUACGUAAGGCUCAAACUUACUACUUCGCCAGUGGAGACCACAACGGCUGCAACCACAACAUGAAGUUCUCUCUCUCACCAAUUCCUCGCCCGAAUUCACACAAUAAACCCUAA